UAAUGUCCAACUGAUUAUCCCUCAGGUAAAAAAACCAAACAAACCCAAAAAACAGACAAGAUUAAAGAGUUCACCGAAAUGUGAGAAUGGCCAAUUCUUUAAGAGGUGAAGUGGUGAGACUGUACAAAAAUCUGCUGUACCUUGGAAGGGAGUAUCCCAAAGGAGCAGACUACUUUAGAAGCCGUUUGAAAGCAGCUUUCCUAAAACACAAGGAUGAGAAAGACCCUGAGAAAAUUAAGCAACUGAUUGCACGGGGUGAAUUUGUUAUAAAGGAGCUGGAGGCUUUGUACUUCCUGAGGAAAUACCGGGCCAUGAAACAGCGCUACUACAGCGAUGACAACCGGUGACUGUGCAUGCAGCCAACACAUCCACGAAAACUGACAAUAAAGGAGAUGUAACCUCAAAAGAAAUGAAAUGUAAAUCCUUCCAACCCCUCUAAGGUACAAAUUAGGACUUUGCUUCCCCUCCAGCAGCCGCUUGGGUUGGGUUUUCACUAAAACUUCAGGUGUGAAACGACUUUGCAGGAAGGAGUGGUUGCACAGCUCUGUUCUGUUUCACUUCAAAAUAUAUCUUUAACAGAAGCUCUUCUUACCCCAUAA